AUGCGCCGUCUUUAUGCGUUUUCUAAUCGAAAUCCUCCACUACCAAUUCAAACUUAUGAUGAUGAUGAUGAUGAUGAUAUAGAAAAUACCAGAAUCAUUCGAUACAGUAACAACAAUAAUAACAAUGCGGUUCGUAAUGAAAAUAAAACAAUUGUUCGAAAAACAACGAACAAUAUCAUUGAAAACCCGAAUACAGAUUAUAAUUAUACUGAAACAGAUAAUGUUUAUUUGAAUGAAACAGCUCGAUGUCCUUAUAUUCGUUUUCCAUGGUGGCUUUGGCUUUUAUUAGCAUUGAGUUUACUAGGUUUAUUAGGUUUAACAUUAGGAUUAGGUCUUGGAUUAGGACUUCGAAAAUCAUCAAUUAAUGUUCGUUGUACAGGUAAUAAUUGUCCAGCUAACUCGCAGUGUAUUAAUAAUCGUUGUGAAUGUAAUUCGGGUUAUUUUUAUGAUUAUUCAAUGUCAUAUUGUGCUGCUUACCUUCAUGUUGGUAUUACUUGUUCAACAAGUAAUACAAAUCAACAAUGUAUUACAAAUGCUUAUUGUGCAUCAAAUGGUUAUUGUAUUUGCGAGACUAAUUAUUUUCUUGAUCAAAACACAGGUGUAUGUACAGCCCUGUUAGCUCGUUACGUUCCAUGUGCUAAUGAUGAUCAAUGUCAAACACCAUUUGUAUGUAAAGUUAGUUUAUGUGAUUGCAAUCAAACAUCAUAUUAUGAUUCUGGUUCAAAUACUUGUAAACGUUUAGGAUAUGUUAAUGAUCCAUGUUCAGCAAAUUCACAAUGUGUACAAUCAGCUAAUUGUUCAACAACAACAUGUCAAUGUCCAUCAGAUCAUUAUUUUGAUACAGCUGAAUAUCAAUGUGUUCGUAAAAAAUCUAUUGGUGAAACAUGUACACUAAGUUAUCAAUGUAUUACUAAUGCUAGUUGCACAUCAGUAUCACCAUUUUCGAAUCAAUGUGAAUGUAAUUCUGGUUUAUAUUAUGAUACAACAACAGGAACUUGUAUCACACAAUUAACUUAUGGUAAAAUAUGUACAUCGACUUCUCAAUGUAUUGAUAAUCUUCUUUGCCUUAAUGAUCCAAUAGUGACUGGCGCCACUUUUCAAUGUAUAUGUUUAACUACACAAUACUAUUUGACGACAAAUCAGACUUGUAUCUCGCUAGGAACUUAUGGUGAUGCAUGUAAUACUGGUGGAAGACCAUGUGAAACACGUUACGGUAAGAAAAUGUCUAUAAUUUUCUUUGUAUUCUUAGAUUCAAUCCAAUAA